AUGUUGUCGAAGGACGUUAAUGAAGGCGAUGCGCUUGACCAGCUCCAGCUGAAAAGAUAUUGCUGUCGGCGCAUGGUCCUCACGCACGUCGAUCUCAUCGAAAAGCUGCUCCAUUACAACCCUUACGAGCGCAACAAAGACAAGAGUGCUUAUGCAUAG